CAUUAAUUCUAUGUUAUGUUAUAUAUAGAUAAAAACCAGCUACUCCUUCACAGCAAAUUAGCCACUCUUGUACACAAGUAAAACCAAAACAAGAACUCUCAGGCUCAGGGGAGACUAGUAAUGGAAGAGCCACUGCUUGCAACGGCAAACAACUGCCUGGAUCAUCAAGGCUCAUCGUCCGAGGUUGCGGAAACUUCAUCAUCAUCAUCAUCGUUGCUAACAUGGGAGGUGAUUUCGAGUGAGAUCAAGAAGGUGGCUUACAUAGCAAUGCCAAUGGUGGUCACCACUGUUUCGCAGUACAUGUUGAGGGUCAUUUCUGUGAUGAUGAUCGGCCACCUUGGCGAGCUCUCGCUUUCGGGUGCUGCCAUCGCCACUUCUCUCACCAAUGUCACCGGCUUCAGUCUUCUGCUCGGGAUGGCAAGUGCACUGGAAACACUGUGUGGUCAAGCAUAUGGAGCACGAAGAUACCAGCUGAUGGGGAGCUAUACCUAUGGAGCCAUCAUAUCUCUGCUUUUAGUUUGUAUACCGAUAUCUAUUCUAUGGAUCUUCACGGAAAAACUUCUUAUACUGAUUGGCCAAGACCCUUUAAUCUCACACGAAGCUGGCAUUUAUUCAAUAUGUCUAAUUCCAACGCUAUUUCCAUACGCGAUUCUUCAAUUGUUGAUUCGCUACUUGCUGACACAGAGUUUGAUAUAUCCAAUGCUUUUAAGCUCUGUUGCAGCUCUGGUUUUCCACAUACCUGUAUCUUGGAUAUUAAUAUACAAAUUUGAAUUUGGAAGUGCUGGAGCAGCAUUAGGCAUCGGUUUGUCAUACUGGCUUAAUGUAAUCUUGCUUGGGAUUUAUGUUAAGUACGCGUCAUCAUGUGAAAAGACUAGGAUCGUGUUCUCAAAGGAUGUCUUUCCAAGCAUCAGAGAGUUCUUCCGAUUUGGCAUCCCUUCAGCCGUCAUGAUAUGUCUUCAAUGGUGGUCAUAUGAGCUGGCUAUAUUGCUCUCUGGGCUUUUGCCAAAUCCGCAACUUGAGACUUCAGUCUUGACAAUAUGUUUUGUAGUGGCUUCACUUCACUACUACAUACCAUAUUCUUUCAGUACUGGUGCAAGCACUCGAGUCUCGAAUGAAUUGGGUGCAGGGCAUGCAGAGGCAGCCAGACUGGCUGCUUGGCUUGCAACAUUUCUUGCAGUUAUUGAAGUGGUCUGUGCAAGCACAAUUCUCUUUUGCUGCAGGUCUAUAUUGGGAUAUGCUUUCAGUGAUGAGAAGGAAGUGGUGGAUUAUGUCAAAGAAUUGGCCCCCAUUUUAAGUCUUUCAAUUAUGGCAGACUGCUUAGCUACAAUGUUCAGCGGGGUAGCUAGAGGAGUCGGGUGGCAGCGCCUAGCAGCAUACGUGAACCUCGGAGCAUUUUAUCUCUGCGGAAUUCCACUGGCAUGUGUCCUGGCUUUUGUUUUCCACUGGAACGGGAAGGGGCUUUGGAUAGGUCUAGCUACUGCUGCAUUGCUGCAAAGUUGCAUGCUUAUGAUGAUAACAUUCUUCACAGAUUGGCAAAACCAGGCAAGAAGCGCAAGGAAGAGAGUAUUUGAGAGGAGACCUCAGCUAACUAUUGAAUGACCAGAAAUUUAUAUUGAGCUGAAAAGGCUUGCAGAACCAGCAUGUUCGGAUUGAGGACCACUGCAAGAAAGCGUUCAAAUAUAUCUUUAUGUUCCGCAGAUGUUUGUAUCAAAGUUUGUUUUUUUUAAUUAUGUUUGUAUUAAUUCAAGGGAAUUCUUAUGUUCUGUUAA